UAACUAUUGCAGCCAGGGGCGCUGCGCCGCACGCAGCUGCGUACGCCCGCCGGGAGAGCCCGAAAUCUGAGGCCAGGGCCGCCCAACCUUCCCGCCCAGAUUGGGUCACAGGAAGCAGAAAGCAGCUCCUGCGAGGUGAAGCGCUCGGGGCUGCCAAGGACCGAUUAGAACUUUGCGGAGUCCGGGAUGUGCGGGGCGAGGCUGCUGAGGACUUGAUUCAUCUUCUCCACCCAUCCCCCGUACUCCCCGUCCACUGGGCUCUGAGCCUCCAGCUGUCAGCCCCCGAUUUCGUGGCAGGGUGUGGCGACCCUGAUUUGUAUUUGCAAGCACAGCCAGCAGCCCAAGAGCCAGGUCCUAAAGCUGGAUAUCUUUUGCCUCGGCUGCUAGCUCGGGCCUCAGAGUCUUGGGCGCGGGAGACUGAGCGUAGGCCGGAGCCCGAGCGCCGCGCCGCGCGCCAUGGCCGACCGGCCCGCGGGCCCGGCGGCCGGGGACUGGGAGAUCGACGUGGAGAGCCUGGAGCUGGAGGAGGACGGCCGCGGGCCGCCGCCGCCUACGCCGCCCGGGCCCAGCCCGCCGUCGGCCGACGGGGACGGCGAGGACGACGAGGACGAGGACGAGGACGACGACGCGGAGGAUGAGGGCGACGGCCUGGAGGCGGGCGCUUCCCCGGGGCUCAGCCGCACGCCCAAGUGCGCGCGCUGCCGCAACCACGGCGUGGUGUCCUGCCUCAAGGGCCACAAGCGCUUCUGCCGCUGGCGCGACUGCCAGUGCGCCAACUGCCUGCUGGUGGUGGAGCGCCAGCGCGUCAUGGCCGCCCAGGUGGCGCUCCGGAGGCAGCAGGCCACCGAGGACAAGAAGGGGCUUUCCGUGAAACAGAAUAAUUUCGAGCGCAAAGCCGUGUAUCAGAGGCAAGUCAGGGCACCCAGUUUGCUGGCCAAAAGCAUUUUAGAAGGCUACCGCCCAAUUCCAGCAGAGACUUAUGUGGGAGGGAGCUUACCCCUACCUCCCCCGGUAAGUGACCGGAUGAGGAAAAGGCGAGCCUUUGCUGAUAAAGAGUUGGAGAACAUUAUGCUGGAGAGAGAAUAUAAAGAGAGGGAGAUGCUGGAAGCUUCCCAAGCUGCUGCCUUGUUCCUGCCCAACCGUAUGGUGCACGGACCUGAAUAUAACUCCUACAAAAGUGCCUAUAGCCCCACCCCGGUGGAGCCUCCAAACAAAGACUUCUGCAAUUUUUUGCCCACCUGCCUUGAUCUAACCAUGCAGUAUUCAGGCUCUGGGAAUAUGGAACUCAUCUCUUCCAACGUCAGCGUGGCUACGACUUACAGACAGUAUCCCUUGUCCUCAAGAUUUUUAGUUUGGCCCAAGUGUGGCCCCAUCAGUGACACUCUUCUUUAUCAGCAAUGCCUGCUAAACACCACCACCUCGGUUCAAGCCCUGAAACCCGGGGCCAGCUGGGACUUGAAGGGAGUGCGAGUCCAGGAUGGCCUUGUCACAGAGCACGACAUGGUACCACCCAAACUAGAAGGCUCGCUGGUGUCGCCUCAUGCUGCAGAGGUCCAGACCUCCAGAAGUGACCUUCACGGUCACCAGGCUGUCCCUGAGAGGUCUGCGUUCUCCCCACCCCAACCGAAUUUCUCUCCCAUUGUUGACACGGACUCCCUGGCGGCUCAAGGGCACGUCUUAACCAAGAUCAGCAAAGAAAGCACCAGGCACCCUGUGCCACUUAAACAUAAUCCAUUCCAUUCAUUAUUCCAGCAAACUCUUAAUGACACAUCAGGCCCUGAGCUGAAAACGCCAUUUGUCAAAGGGGCCUUUGAAGACGCCCCUAAGAAGCCCAGAGAGUGUUUAGUCAAGGAGAACCAGAAGUACACAUUUACAAUAGAUAGAUACGCGAAAGACCUUUUCGUCGCCAAGCAAGUUGGAACAAAACUCUCUGUGAAUGAACCCCUGUCAUUUUCUGUCGAGUCUAUUCUGAAGAGGCCUUCAUCUGCCAUCACUCACGUCUCUCAGUGAAAGGCUGCUUACACAGAAAGCUGGAUUUUCUGCCAUCUUGGAGGGUUCCUACCAGUGGCUAAUUUUUUUUUCUUUUUUAAGAAGAAGGGUUCACAUGUUUGUAUAAAGAAAUUUCUAAUGUAAAUGGGGAUGAUUUAAAAAAAUUAUAUAUAUUCAUAUGCAUGUACUUUUUCUCACCACAUAAAUAUAUUUAAACUUAAAGAUGGAAAUUGCUUAUGUGCAAACUGUAAAGUUCCAUGCUUUACACAGCAUUUCAAAAAGCAAUAAAGUUGACACUGUCUUCUAAAAAGACCCAGUGUUUGCAGAAGUA